AUGUCGAAGAUUACGUCGAAGGGGUGGUGCUAUGCCCGUUGUGGCCCGAUUUCCCGUGUCCUGAAGCAUGUGACGUUCGACGUUGUACCAAAAAAGGAAGAAGUUAUAGUUGAUGUACUGCAAGCGCCGUUGCAUCGUACAGAUGCAGCUGUGGUAAAUGGCACGGCUUUGGGGCGGAGACGGUUUUCGUCUGCUGGGUUUCCAAGAGUGGGAGGCUGCGAGGGGGUGGGGAAGGUGGUUGAGGCCGGUGCUUCCCAGAAUGUGAAGGAGGGGGAUAUGGUGUGGGUGGCGCCGCUUCAUGGUACGUGGGCAACGCGUGUUGCAGUUGAUCACAAAAUGGUGCAUAAAAUUGAUCCCAAACACGUUUCCCUUGCCGUUAACGCCUCCAAUUAUAUUGUCGCCCAGCAUCUCCUGAACGGGUUUGCAAGCCUUCGGAAAGGGCAAGUCAUUGUGCAGAACGGUGGCAGCAGUCUAACUUCGUUGGCGGUCGCAGCACUGGCGAAGCCGCUUGGUGUAAAGGUUUUCACGGCCUGCACCCCUGGAGAGCGCUUUAAAGGGGCGAAGGAGCGUCACGCCAAUUACAGCAGCGAGGUCUUUGAGUACAACGGGAAGGGAGCCAGAGCCAUGCGGCAGGCAAUAGGAAACGUUGGUGCGACAUUGUAUCUCAAUGGUGUUGGCGGCCGUCACUUUGAUACCUUUUUGGGACUUGUUGGUUUUGGUGGGCAUGUAGUUUCGUACGGUGCACAAAAUGGUGUGGGAUUGAUGAUUUCUGGUUCAAAUCUUAUUUACAACGAGGUAACAAUGCAGGGAUUAUUUCUCCCUUCAUACCUUGCAGGUAUUUCCUACAGCGAACGUCAAACAAAACUUGAUUUUGUGCUUCAGCAGCUUUCUUCAAUGGGUUUCAGCUAUCCGACUUCCGUGGCCGCCUCGUUGGAACAGCUGCCAAAUGUGUGGGAUGACGCGUUUGUACAUGGAGGGAAAAAGGGUGUGGUUAUCGUAGGAAAAUAA